AUGAAGAGGGGCAGUGCAACUCUUGCAGACAGCCCCACGUGCACUAGAAGGAAAAAAAACAAAUGUACAGUUCCCGCCUCCCCCUUUGAAUGCAAAAAAAGCAGCUACCUAUGCUGCAGGAGGAACAACUUUAACAACUUGGGGGGACUGCUCCUGGAAAAGAAUUUUUUCUUUUUUAAUUUCCUCCUAAGUGUGAAAUGUAACGAAGAGAGAAAAAAAAAAACAAAAAAAAAAGCAAAAGACACUUCGGAAUGUGCCACAUCAGAUUCCGAUGAAGAAUCGCGGCUGUAUUACCUCAGCCAGGGAGAGCAGGUAUUCCUCCAGCAGGACGAUCAAAUUGAGCGGGGAGAGGAGGUACCACUGCACAUGCGGAGUGGAGACAGCUGCGAGCCAACUGGGGAGGCCCCAGAAGAGCACAAAGAGGCAAAUGAAACAAGGGGAGAAUGCCCCAAAGGGAAUUUAAUCGAAAAACAUAUGAACACUCUGCUGAAAGGAAAUUUUUUCUUUUACAUAAAGAAUUACAUUCAUCACAUCUUGAGGAACGUGGACAUUUGCAGAGAGGAGAAACCGAGCGAAACAUUUUUCGAAUUUUACAGUCAUUUCAAGAAUAAAAAAAAAAAAAUUUACUUUUACAACUCCGAGGAGCUGCUAAGUGACGUGUACUGCGACGUCUCGGAGGCGUCCGAUGAUAGUGACUACAACUACUUCUUUGAGAAAUGCAACCAGCUUCAUGACUACGAGGCUGAGGACGGGUCGGAGGAGGGGGGAGAGGAAAAUGACAUGGUGGCGCAGGUGACUGGCGGGGGGGAGGCAGAUGCGGCUGACGGCGUGGAAAAGCCAAACGAGAACAUGUGCCUCAUCUCGAACCUGAGUAAAAAGCUGAACAGUCUUCACUUCCAGAAACGCCACUCAACGGUGUCCCUCGACGAUGAUAAGAGUAAGCCUGAGGAGAAGGAGCGCAAGUUUGCAAAGUAUUCCUGCUGCCGCUGCCAAGGGGGGAGGUCUGCCGAUAAGGGAGACCUUUCUGAUGCGUCCAACGCACCUGACCUCUCUGCCGAAUGUGGCAACGUUUGCCUACUGCAGAUCCUCAUUUCGAACUUAACCAAGGGGGAGCUACUCUUCUGGGCGAACAUCAAGGAUUGCAUAGAGCAAUUCCUGGGGUCGAUAAAAGCGGCCGUCCUUUUCAAGGGCCCGACCAACUAUAUCGAAACACCGUACAUAGAAAUUAUGGACGAAAUAGAGAAGCGACAAAGGGAAGAAGGGCACAUAAAAUAUAUAAAAAAAAAAAAAAAAUUAGUAACUCUGAAGAAAGAACAAAAAUGCAUCAAAUGCUUGUUCGAAAAAACGAUAAACUCUGUUCGAAUUUCCUUCAAAUAUGACUUAACCUUAGCAAGUGAAAAUUUCAAUUAUCUCUUCAAAGAUCGGAUAUAUAAAUAUAGAAAAUUUAUUGAGAAAAUGCUGACGCGAAAUUUGGGAGGAGGGAGUCCCAAUUUGGACCACAAAGACGAGACGUCCGCUUUUUUCCCCAGUCAAUUAAAUCCCAUUGUUUUUAAAAAUUAUACAAAGAAAAAUUACGAUUUUUCACUUCUCAUUCACAGUGUGCAUUUGGAACUGUAUGGAUAUAUCUACAUGCGCGAUUAUUUAUUCUUCCUACUCAUCAUGGUGGAGGCUUACGUGUUUGUUCACUUUAAUGAUAUCCACUACACGUAUGCGCACAACACAGAUUUGUUUCUCGACCAAAUUUUAAAAAAUCUGUUCACUUAA